UGAAUUCAUCGUGGCCUUGGAUGCAUACCCAAGAAGUCUCCGAGUCCGUGCACUGGUCGCUGGAGAAUUCGGGGUGGAGAGAGAGAAGGAUAGGGAUAGAAGACGGCCAUGGAGAAGGUCGGCUCCGUUCGAUGCCAGAGGAUUGCAUGUGACGCCAUGUUCACUGAGGACAGCAACGUGGAGGGCUCCUGCCGCUAUCACGAUUCCGGACCUAUAUUUCAUGAUGGUAUGAAAGAAUGGAGCUGUUGCAGGCAAAAAAGUCAUGAUUUUAGCUUAUUUUUGGCUAUCCCUGGUUGUAAGACAGGGAAACAUACUACUGAGAAACCAGUUACCAAGAUUGUAUCUGCAAACCCCCAGAAGGCGGUGCCACUUCCAUCUGCUGCUCAAAAUAAAAAACCUGUCGAUUCUUGUUCGAGGUGCCGCCAAGGCUUUUUCUGCUCUGAUCAUGGUUCGCAGGGCAGACCUUCAAGACCAUCUGUAGUCACUGCUAAGAAAGAUGAUCAUGUUGAGAAGGCUGCUGCUCCCCCAGUCAAGAAGAUAGUCGAUCUGAAUGAGCCCCAGAUUUGCAGGAAUAAGGGAUGCGGCAAAACCUUUAAAGAGAAGGAUAACUAUGAAACUGCAUGCGAGUACCAUCCAGGUCCAGCAAUUUUUCAUGACAGGUCGAGAGGGUGGAAAUGCUGCGACAUUCAUGCAAAGGAGUUUGAUGAGUUCUUGAACAUACCUCCAUGCACAAAGGGAUGGCACAAUGCUGAUGCAGCUUGACUUUGGUUGGCCCAAGUUUCACAAAGUCCUUUGUAUUCCAAGUGCAAACGCUGCCCAUAGGUCCAGUGACCUUGGACUGAGACUUGUUCAUGGCAGUUCUGCUGCCGGAGUGUAAUUCAGUGUUUCAACAAUGGACUAAAUUGUUGCCUUCAUAUUAGAUUUUCUCGGAGAGUUCUUAACUGUUCUUAAAGAAUCCUUCUGUUAAUUUUUGCCCUACAAAAUCUGUAGAACUUGUCAUUACCUCAUUAUAAAUGCUGUCUGUCUUCUUGUUAUGCUAAA